CGAUUUCAAUCCAAUUUCCGUAAUUCAAUUCAAUCUCAUCAUUCCUUUCCUUCUAUUCACUUCCCUUCAUCAAUUCUAUCCAACUAGCGAUCAUGCCUCAUAACAAAUCAUAUUCAAUGCCGUCAAACCCUAAUCCAAGAAACUCAGAAAUCAGUAACCCUAUGAGAAGGAGUUUCACUGGAAACCCUUUCUCCAAAACCUCCAUCGUUCCUAACCACGGAGCCAAAACACCCGUCAAUAGCCCUUCAGAUUUUUCCAGAAGAAGCUCUGUGGGGAUUCGAGAAAGCGGGGGCUCGUUGCGGGACUUCGUGGACGACAAAGAAAACGGAAAAGAUCAGAUUUUGAGACCGGCGAAGGUUCGAUCGCCAGCUGCUUGCGUAAAGGGCCCAAAGAAUUUCAUGUCUCCAACCAUUUCCGCUGCGUGCAAGAUCAAUGAGUCUCCCAGAAAGAAAGUCCUGGUUGAGAGGAAUGAAUCUGUCCCAAGUCCUGGGGAUCCAAAAAGCCACGUUCGCAAGGUAACUUUUGCUGAGCCUUUGGAACAGAAAAGGAUUGAUAGGAUCAUCCCCAAUUUUGAGGAAGGUCCCAGAUCUUCCUUGACUAGUGAUGAUUUGAGUGGUGAGAGUGAAACUAGUGAAACUCAUUAUAUGAAUGUUCCUCUGAUUUCUAAGAAUGAUACAGAUUUGUCCUUUGAAUCUGUCAAUGAUGUGGAUGUGAAUGUUCCUUUGGUUCUAGAGAAUGACAUUCACGCUUCAACAUCAUUUGAAACUGAGCCUGAUUGUGUUAACCUUGACCCUUCUUUUAAGCUUAGCCCUACUGCAACUCCUCCUGUUUCUUUGAAAGCUACCGUCGUGGCUCCUCUUGAUGCGGAUCCUUUGAUGCCCCCAUAUGACCCUAAAACUAACUACCUCUCGCCUAGACCGCGGUUUCUUCACUACAAACCGAAACCACGAAUAGAACUCUGCAGGGAAAGGGAAUUAGAGGACAGCUUCAUAUCUGGAAGCUUUUCAGAUACAGAAGUCACGGAGGAUGCCCAGUCUGAUGGCUCACAGAAGGAAUCAGAGGAUGUUUCUUCGGAUGAAACUGUUAAGGAAGAAGAGAACCAGAUUUCUGAGCACAGUCCUGCUAGGAGGACUCUCAUGCCAGAGGAAACUGCUGAAGCAAAAGAGGUGCCAAAACCACGUUUCACAGUUAGACCAAAGGCUGUUGCUCUGAUCUUGCUUCUAGCAGUUGCUUUUGCAUCAGUCGCAGUCACAUAUUCUCCUGUGAUUGAUCAAACUGUGUUUCAAGACUUCUACAAGGCUUAUGAAUCGUCUGGAUUUUCAGAGUUUGCUAGGGCUAACUUUGAUCAAUUCACCCGGUUUGCAAAAACAAAUUUUGAUGAGAUAGCUAGAAAUUUUCAAACUUGGUUUACCAAGUUACUUUCUUCGAUUUCUGUGUUGAUUUCAGAUGUUAGAGGAGCACACAAUUUGAGCAAGUUGCAAUAUUAUAACUUGACAGUUCAGCACGAUACCUCCUUGGUGGAUCAGUACCCUAUAUUUGAUCAUAAUGAAAAUGAAAUAGGCGAGACUCACGAACCAAUAUGGGGUGCUGAAGAAAGCGAUGCUGUCUCAUAUAUUGAAAAUGACGAGGAUAUUGAAGGGGAUAUUUCAUCAGAGUAUUAUGAAGUGUACGAAGAAAGUGAUGUUGUCUCGGAUAUUUCAUCAGAGUGUUAUGAAGUGUACGAAGAAAGUGAUGUUGUCUCGGAUAUUGAAAAUGAUGAGAAUACUGAGGAGGAUAUUUCAGCAGAGCAUUAUGAACUAUACGAAGAACAAGUUCACGAAGAUAUUGAAACAAUUGCUGGAGUUGAAAAUGCUUCAGAUGCUCCUGAAUCUGAGGAAGUAUUCAGUAUUAUGGAAUCAGAUCAACUGGCUGAAGCAGAAAAUUUAGAAGCAAAUCUGGCACAAGAAGCUGAGGCUAACUUAAAUGUUGAAAAUCAGCCAAGUUUGGAUGCAAAGGUUGGUGAAACUAUCGAAGCAUAUGGAUUGGAUACAAUGCAGACACAAGAAAAGAAUGCUAAACUCAGUGUCAACGAGCAAAAUGUUGAAAGUUUAGAUUCCGAUGUUGCUGCCGUCAAUGAUGAUGCACAGGAAAAUUCUGUUAGCAUAGAUGCUGCGAUUAAAGGGAAUGAAGAGCGAUUAAAGGGAAUGGACAUUCCUCUACAUGGGGUGCUAUAUUUGGUGCUCUGUGUAGGUACUGUUUUAAUUGCAGGUGCAGCUUUCAACUGGCCAAGAAAGGGUAAAAGCAAAAGCAAAGGCUCCAUAGAGCAACCUCUUGAGUUGCAAAACGAUUCCCUCCCAUCUAAGAACAAGAAGAUUUCUCCGGAGAAGUCAUCUGGGCCUGUAGAAAUGGACGUGCUUGAAGAUUCAUCAUGUCCUUCAGAAACGAGCAGCUUUCAGCAAAGCUCAUUCUAUAGCGAAAAGGUUGUGAAUGAAGGUCACAGGCAAGUCCCGGAGAAGAAGCGAAAGAGUAACUACAGGAGAGAAUCCUUGGCCUCUUCAUCAGACUAUUCCAUGGAUUCCCCGUCCUAUGGAAGCUUAACUGUGUAUGAGAAAAUUUCAAUCAAGCAGGGACAUGGGGAUGAGGAGGCUAUCAUCACUCCUGUUAGGCGUUCAAGUAGAAUUAGAAAACAAGUUACUUCUCCUUCAUAACCUGAUUUUGGGGUUAGUAUAUGUGUUUGGUUUUCAGUUCACAUGUGUUCGAAAGCAUGUUCCAUGGGGUGUAGUGUCAUUGAACUGAAUCUGAACGAUAAAACCAAACACCACAUCCUUAGUUGUUCAAGUAGGAUUAGAAACCUAGCUAAUUUCUCCUUUUGUAACCUGACCAGCAUAAGCUGUUACUGUAAGCAGAAGUGUCCUAUCUUCUGAAUCUUGACUCUGUAGCAGAAGAAAUUUAUUGUUGAAUGAAUCACCGAUUGGUUUAUUAAUUUGAA